UUUAAUCCGUUAAACCCAAAAAUGCCACUUCUUCCUUCUUUGUCUUCUUCUUCUGCAAACCCCAGCUUCACUCUCUUCACUCCCUCUCAGAACCCUCAUUCCCUCUCCAAAUUCUCCUUCAAGAUCCCCAUUAUACCCCUCCACUCUUAUCUCACCAUAACCUCAUGCUCUUCCCAAGACUCGGCCACGCCGGCCCUCGAGGAGUCACUCGCCCGUACCAAAGAGAGCGGCUACGACGUCCUAUCGGAGAACAAAGUUCUCAUCGUUCGCCGUCCGGUGAUGGAUGUUUCCGGUGACGGUGGGGGGGAAGAGAGUGACGACGGCGGCGGUUUGGCGAGGUCUUCCGCUAUCGAUGCGGGGCUCACGGAAUUCGCGAAGAAGAUGCCGAUGUUCGAGCCGGAGAGAGUGGAGGGCUCGCCGGGGUCGCAGGAGAGGCCGCUCGCGGUGAACUUGGACUUGGCGCUGUACAGAGCCAAGUUUUUGGCGAGGAGUUAUCGUUACGAUGAAGCCGAGGAUAUACUUGAUAAGUGUAUAUACUAUUGGCCGGAAGAUGGGCGGGUGUAUGUGGCGUUAGGGAAGAUACUGAGUAAGCAAUCGAAAAUGGUGGAAGCCAGAGCUGUGUAUGAGAAGGGUUGCCAGGCUACUCAAGGAGAAAAUCCCUACAUUUGGCAGUGCUGGGCUGUUCUGGAAAAAACGAUGGGAAAUAUAAGGAGAGCAAGAGAACUAUUUGAUGCAGCGACAGUUGCCAAUAAAAGGCACAUUGCAGCCUGGCAUGGUUGGGCAGUUCUAGAGCUCAAACAGGGAAAUAUCAAGAAAGCGAGGCAGCUGCUGGCUAAAGCUUUAAAAUUUUGUGGUGGAAAUGAGUACGUAUACCAAACACUUGCAAUGCUUGAAGCUAAAGCAAAUCGCUAUGAGCAGGCUAGAUAUUUGUUCCGGCAGGCAACUAAGUUUAACCCCAAAAGCUGUGCCAGUUGGCUUGCAUGGGCACAAUUGGAGAUUCAACAACAAAACAAGCGUGCUGCUAGGCAGCUAUUUGAGAAAGCAGUCCAGGCAAGUCCCAAGAAUAGGUUUGCAUGGCAUGUAUGGGGAGUUUUUGAAGCUAAUAUGGGCAUUAUGGACAAGGGGAGAAAACUAUUAAAGAUAGGCCAUGCACUUAAUCCUAGGGAUCCUGUCCUCCUUCAAUCUCUUGCUUUGUUGGAAUAUAAACACUCAUCUGCAAAUCUUGCUAGAGUGCUGUUCAGGAGAGCUUCUGAAUUGGAUCCAAGGCACCAACCAGUAUGGGUUGCUUGGGGUUGGAUGGAAUGGAAAGAAGGAAACAUAGCAAAGGCCAGGGAAUUAUACCAAAGAGCCUUGUCAAUUAACUCAACUAGCGAAAGUGCCGCACGAUGUCUUCAGGCUUGGGGUGUUCUAGAACAGAGAAUUGGUAAUUUGUCAGCAGCCCGAAGAUUGUUUAGGUCCUCACUGAAUAUAAAUUCACAGAGUUAUGUAACAUGGAUGACAUGGGCAUCAUUAGAGGAGGAUCAAGGCAAUUCUGUGCGUGCUGAGGAAAUUCGAAAUCUCUAUUUUCAGCAGCGUACAGAAGUUGUGGAUGAUGCUUCAUGGGUUAUGGGGUUCUUAGAUAUCAUUGACCCAGCAAUUGAUAGCAUAAAGAGGCUCUUGAAGCUAGACAAGGAGUCAUUCACCAAGGCAAAGCUUUCUUUGGAUAAUUUACAAGAAAUUAUUGGAAAAAGUAGGACUGAUGAUGAGUCCUCUGGCUUCUUAGAUCGCCAAGACAUGGAAAGUGAAGAAAUGGGAAUGGAUUUGGAUGCUUUCAUCAGUGAAAAGUUGUCUCUAGACCCAUCCAAGCUCGAUGUUCAGAUGGAACCAUCCAGGGCUUUUGUGACCAAGAGAACAAGACCUCCUGGAAGAACAUGGAGACCAGAAAACAGAACUACCACAAUAUCCUGAGUCGGCCAAGUAAAUAUACUGUUUGUUUCAUGUAGAAGAAGCAUGUCCAUUUCUAAACAAGAUUAACUACUUUUAAGAAAGUUACACAGAAUCCGCACACUAGAAUCAAAAUGUAUGAUUGCACAUCUCCAGUAUUCAUUGUGUAUAUUCUUUUUUUGUGUUGUA